ACCGGAAGUUGGACUUCGUUCCACCGGAAACGGUUGGAAACUGGGCUCCUCGCCAGAAAGAUGCUAAAGUGUCCCCAGCCAGAACUGUGAGCAGGAAGGUGUUAGUUGGCCUACAAGGACACGUCGCCCAGUGGACGCCAUGGAAGAAGACAUCCUCACCACGCUGAAGAUAUUAAUCAUCGGAGAGAGCGGAGUGGGGAAGUCCAGCCUCCUCCUCAGAUUCACAGAUGACACAUUCGAUCCGGAGCAAGCCGCCACAAUAGGUGUUGACUUCAAAGUGAAGACCAUCUCCGUAGACGGUAACAAGGCAAAGCUGGCAAUAUGGGACACGGCUGGACAGGAGCGCUUCAGGACCCUGACACCCAGUUACUACCGAGGUGCCCAAGGAGUCAUCCUAGUGUACGACGUCACAAGACGAGAAACCUUCACUAAACUGGAGAACUGGCUCAACGAGCUGGAGACAUACUGUACGAGGAAUGACCUUGUGAAAAUGCUUGUCGGAAACAAAAUUGAUAAGGAAAACCACGAUCUGGACCGGGCAGAAGGGCUGAAGUUUGCAAGAAAACAUUCCAUGCUGUUUAUAGAGGCCAGCGCGAAGACCCGGGACGGUGUCCAGUGUGCCUUUGAAGAGCUGGUGGAAAAGAUCAUCCAGAGUCCGGGAUUGUGGCAGAGCGAGAGUCACGGCAGGGGGGUGCAGCUCACCGAUGAAGACGCGGGAGGUGACACCUGCGGUGGAUUCUGCUCACUGGUCUAGACAACAGACACACACACACAGAACAUUUUGCAGCAUACAGGUGUGAAUACCCCACACACUGCUUCCAUCCUCACUUGUCUUGUCCUGAGCCAAGUACCCAGACUGCGGGCUGGACCGUCCACACAGACCUUACUGUUUGCACGCGUUCCCAUAAAACUGCGCUUCAGAUGCAAAAAGCCGCUCGGCCUCGGUCCUGACGACACGGGAGUGCGCUCGUCUCGCCUCCCGCUCGCUUUGGCGUUGGACAAUGGAAGGAACAUCAGUUUACACAUUUUUAUCAAAAGGGAGACACGACUACAACAAAGUCAACCAAAGUGUGGAAGAAAAGAUGAAUCAUGUUGACCGAGGGUGACUUUUUGUUGAAUCUCGCUUGAGCUGGCUAAUCUGUUUGGACAAAAGUAUUGGGACAGCCCUUCCUCCUAGACCAGGGGUCGGCAACCUUUACCAAUCAAAGAGCCAUUUUGACCAGUUUCACAGAUUAUAGAAAACAAUGGGAGCCACAAAAAAAUUUGGAAAUUUAUAAAUGAAUUAACACUGCAUACAAUUUUUUUUUUUGCUUUGUGCUAUGUAUAUUAUGUAUAUUUGCCCAACCAGUCCACAUGUGCUUUGUGGACUUGGAGAAGGCAUUCGACCGUGUACCCCGGGAAGUCCUGUGGGGAGUGCUCAGAGAGUAUGGGGUAACGGACUGUCUUAUUGUGGCAGUUCGCUCCCCGUAUAAUCAGUGCCAGAGUUUGGUCCGCAUUGCCGGCAGUAAGUCGGACACGUUUCCAGUGAGGGUUGGACUCCGCCAAGGCUGCCCUUUGU